UUCACCAACGGAUGGAAAAAUGUCUCUGAUCGUCUCCCGACUCACCAAGCCUCGGAACGAAUCUUUACUACUAGGACAUAAGCUUCUUCUUCAGAGGUGGAGCUCUCGUCGUUUGCUUUCGUCUUGUCCACCAUAUUUUGUCUUAUGCAAUAAACCUAAUGGUGGACAUAAAAUCCUGUCUUAUCUCCCCACCAAUUGGUAUAUGUUGGAGUCGGACAAGAAGGUUCCUUAUGAGUUGCUAGAGGCAAACGCAACGAUUGGAGCAUCCAGAGGCUGGGUCGCUACCCUCAACAGCAAGGGUGUGGUGUGUCUCCAAGACGAUCUGAACGUAUACACAAGUGACUCCGCAGACCCAAAACGUAUUUCACUGCCUCCUAUUUUGCCUAUUCGCCAUUGCCAGACCCGGAUUGUCACCAACGUGGCCAUGUCCUCUUCUUCUCCUCUGAAUGACGACUGUGUUGUGGCUGUCAAGUUCUUGGGACCUCAACUCAGCCUGUGCAGGCCAGCUCACGACACCAAAUGGACCAACAUCAGGGUCCAAGACCCCAGUUUCUUCACUUCCCAUGUCAUUUUUUCCAAGAGGGAUCAGAUGUUCUCCUUGCCCGCUUCUGGAGCCAACCACUUGGCAUCCUGGGAUCUCCUCAAACACAGGGACAACCCCAAGUUUACAAAGUUGCAUUUUCAUCAAAACCUUCCCGGCGUUUUGGGAAAGACGAACAACCUAGAGCCUUGUGACUCGUGGUGCAGGGCCGAACACUUGGUGGAGUCGUCAGCAGGCGAGAUGUUCCUUGUUAUUUGGUACAGGUCCGCCAGAGAAGAUAUGGUGGGUUUGGAAACCAAAGGUUUUAGGGUCUUCAGGGUAGACGAGGAAGGGAACGCUACUUACACUGAAGACAUUGGAGAUCUCUGCAUUUUCCUAUCCAAGUCUGAGCCUUUCUGUGUUCCUGCUAGCUCCUUUCCUGGCCUCGAGAGAAACUUCAUCUAUUACCUCGAUUUCCACGAGUCCCGUUUCAUCCAGGAGGUAGGAAUCUUUGGACUGCAGGAUAGCACCUCAAACUUCUCAUCGGGCUAUACGGGCAGGGUCCCUUACUAUUUUCCACCUUAACCUAUGCAAUGAGUUAUCCUCUNUUUUUUUUUUUUUUUUUUGGAUUAGACAGCCACUUCUAUCCAUCCUGUCUUUGGUCUGAAAA